AUGGAAUCGCCAUCCUCACCAUCCUCUACCAUCACUACCCCACCUAACUGUCAUGAAAUUUCUCAGAGGUCAGGCAAACUGAUUGUGAUGGCUAUGACUUGCCGCUCCGCCCUGCUGCACUAUGAUCGUGCCUCAAAAUCCAUGGUUGAAUGGUGUUGGCCUGCCGAUGAUGAGGGGAAGAAGAUUCCGCCAUCUGACUUGGAGAAGUCCCGCAAGGAAUACAAUUUUCAAUAUCCAUGCUGCCUAUGUGCUGAUGAGGGUGGAAAAGAGGCGUACGUAGAAGCAGCCGUGUACCCAUGGUGGGAUACGAUCACAGAGGGGACCCAUUGGACUGCAAGAUGUGCUUCUGAUACUUGCGGAUACCGAGUUAUUCCCUUUAGCUGCAUUCCGAUGGGUGAUAAAGAGCAGCGAGUCCCUCCUGUUCAAUUCGAAUGGACCAACCAGGAGCAAACGGAGUUGUUAAACAGGCUUGCUUCGUCUAACAGUGAUAGGAUUGCUGCGAAUAAGACUUACCUCGUUUCUUGUCAUCGAGCGUUCAGUACCAGUGUGACACAUGGGAUCGCACGGUGCAGCUAUCUCGUUCGGCCACGUAUUGAUAAAAUAGAACAUAUAUUUUGGGGAGUAAGACAAGAGACGAAGAAAAACAAACAACACACGUCUACAGGCCUUGAUGCGCUUCCUCGAUUAGAGUCCAUGUUGAAAAUGCUGCAGGAAUUCCAGCCAUAUGGAUUCAUGAUGCACAUAUUGAGGAUCUCCCUUAGUGAAAGCCCCAUAGAUAUGUGUCACCACUGUACGGUCAGGCAAAGUGAGGAUACAUGGGGAAUCAUGCACUUUCACAUGAAGGAUGACCUGCGCCCUUUACAUACAAGCCAGAAGGACAAGAAGGAGAUAAAUGCUCCAGAGUCUCAGCUUCAGGACAAUGAACUGGGUUGCAAAAUGGGAAGGCUCUCAAAUAUCUCGACAUCUUCAGAACUCAAUGUGUCAAGAAUCGCAGCGGCCUCUUCACUCCUGGUGUAUGUUUUACACAAGUUCAGCCAAGAAGCUGAACAGAUCCUUCAAACAUGCGAAACUGGCUCGCGGUGGAGCUUUGAGUUGCUUGUGCAGCUCAAAUACCACGAGAAGCGGAAGCUUAUUCUCAUUGUUGAUGGUGUGGGCAUUGUUUGA